AUGGGGGCAAUGGAGCGGUUUGAACUGGCUUGGCUGCCGUUCAGGCUCUCCUCGCAGGAGAAGUACUUGAAGUACGCCUUCGAACCGAAGAGGCUCACAGUGAUGACCGGCCCUCGAGGCAACCGCAAGACGCUCACAGCCCUCCGUUUCGUGCGCCGUCCGUCCAUCUUGGUCGACUACACGUACAUCGAUGAGAAGAAGUGGCGCAUACUCGAAGCGACGGAACGAUACCCACUCGAGGCGGUGUUCAAGAAGAGUCUCGGCAAGCUGAUCUGGGACUUGUUGGCUCCUGUUCUGGUGGCAGGCGUGGCGUGUGUUGUGAAGUUGCACAAAGAGGAGAAGUCUGAGGACGAUGAGGUUCAGUCUGAGGACCAGUACACAAACACCUCAAACGAGAACUUCUUGCAGAAUGUGUCGCGCCGCAUGCAAGCCAAUGUCCCAAGCCAGGAGACAGUGUUGUGUGGCAUCUUUGCGUUUGUGGCCACCUUCCUCGUUCGCAGGUCUCGCCCGAAGUUCUUCAUCUUCGACGACAUCACCGUUGACGCAUGGAGACACCGAGAGCAUGGAAUCGUGAAUGUCACCUCAGCAGGGCUCGGGCUGGAGUCGCUGCGGUCAUUCGGCGAGAAGCACCCGGCGAUCCUCAUCAGCUCCAACGAGGGCUUGGCAGAGUGUUUCAUGGACACCGCUGCGCUCGGGCGAUGUCUCGUGCAAAGCUGCUCCAUGUGCCUGACACAGCCAAUGGCGCGGAUGCGAUCUUGA